AUGGAGCUUAACCCUUCGUGGGACAUGGACAAACUGGAAGCGAUUGUACCUCGGGAUGAACUUUGGAAAUUCACAGAUAACUUUAAGAUUAAACCGACUGUUUCUGAUAGACCCAUUUGGCCGACAGGGAAGGGAAAUGCUUUUUCGGUUAAAUCAGGGUAUUUACUUGCGAGUUCCCUUAGGAGUUCUCAUGAAGCUUCGACGUCGGUGGAUGACUCUGAGCUGUGGAAUUGGGUGUGGGGUCUGGAAGUUAUACCCAAAGUCAAACUUUUCCUUUGGAAGUGUUUGAGUGGAAGCCUUCCUACUGCUCAAGCCCUCGUUUCCAGAUCAGUUGAGCUUCAACCGUGGUGUAGAAGAUGUGGAGAGGAAAUGGAGAGUAUUGAGCAUGCUAUUCGGGACUGCUCGUGGGCAGCGUUUCUUUGGGAAAUUUCUCCUCUUCGCCUCACACCGGUAAAUCAAAGUGAUCCAUGGAAUGUCAAGGUUUGGGUUGAAAGGAUACGAAGCAUUCCGGAUAAAGAAGUUCAUAACCUUUUUGCUUCUCUGUGUUGGGCUUGCUGGUAUGCUCAAAACCUCUGUCUUUCAGGAUAA